UGAGCGCAAGACUAGAAAGGUGUCAAACAUUGGAUAGCAAAUAAGCUGGACAACUAGACACUCUCCGGACCUUGGUGUUCUUCAGAUAUCGCUACAGUUGGAAUCGACAAGCAAGACGAACGUUCACUUUGACCACGUAUCCAGAAUGAAGGCUAUCAGUCCCGUUCGGUCUGUCAGAAACUGUUAUGAAGCAGUUUGCUGUAUCUCAGAGCAGAGUCUCUCCAUCAGCCGUUGCAAGAGUCCCUCUGAGGAGCUGUCCGACAUGAAUGACUGUUACUCAAAACUCAAAGAGCUGGUGCCUAGUAUCCCUCAGAACAAGUCCGUGAGCCAAGUGGAGAUUCUUCAGCAUGUAAUAGAUUACAUUUUUGACUUACAGAUAGCACUGGAAAACGAGACGGACACAAAAAACGCGCCCGACUUGUUCACGUCAAUGAAGAAUUCAGAGAUGACCCGUAAUUUCUCCCAAGAGGAUGGAGCUCUUUGCCACUAGGACAGAGGAACCACAACGUUCAACGGUGCGGGAUAGAAACUGUUCUCCUCCACUUAUGGAAGAAAAAGUGUGAAGGGGUGAGCCGGGUGAAGGAGUGAGGCUCUAUUCAGAGUGUGGGAAAGUAAUCUGCGCCCCUCUCGAGCUGUCUAUUCUUUUGGUCACUGGACACUUGAACAAACCAAAGCCGAGGAGUUUUGAAGAUCACAAAAAAGAAAAGCCUUCAAAUCAUUCCUAUUUUGUGACAACAAUCAAGCAUUGUAUAUUUUGUACUGGUCACAUUCCUGACUAUUUGGACUUACUAAUAUCUCUUCACACACCCUUCCUUCCCAGCCAUUCUUGGAUCCCCCCACCCAUUCCUCCUCCUUUUUUUUUACCACAUUUCAGUGUGGUUGUCAUUUGGUCUCAGUGAUCUGGUCUCAAUCACUGGGAUGAUGUACAUAUUGUGCGUGAGGGGGUUUUGUGUUAUAGGGUGGGAAGAGCAUUGGGACAUAUAUAUAUAUAUAUACACGUGGGUUAGAAUUUUAACUCUAUAAUAUAGAGUGGAUUGUAUAUGUUUGUGGGGAUUGUCUAUUUCUACAGACUGUCAAAUCAAUGAGUUUCAUAAACUCCUUUAUGGAUUUUUGCUUUGUACACUCACUCAUUUUACACAAGAAAAUAAAUCAUACAUUGAAAU